AUGACGGUUGACGAAAAGACACAAAAGUUCACCGACGAGUCGCCCGAGGGCUCGUACAUGGUCCAGGCGGCCGACGACACCAAGCACGAUGCCGUCUUUGGCGAGCUGGGUGACAAGGGACCCAACUUUCGUGCAGUUGGCUGGGUCGGCGCGACGGUUCUCAUGAUCAAGAGCGCUUUCGGUCUCGGUGUGCUCUCCAUCCCCUUUGUCUUCCAGGCCGUGGGCAUUAUCCCAGGUGUCAUCCUCAUCGUCGUCAUCGAGUGCAUCACGACAUGGUCGGCGUUUGUCCUCGGCUCGUUCAAGCUCAACCACCGUGAGACGUACUCGCUCGCCGAUGUAGGCCGCGUCCUCGCCGGUCGUGCCGGCGAAGAGUUCUUCUCGGUCGCCGUGUGCAUCUGCAUGCUCUUCUUCUCUGCUUCGGGCAUGGUCGGCGUCACCACGGCGCUCAACGCCGUCUCGACGCACGGGACGUGCACGGCCGUCUUCAUGGUCGUCGUCUUUGUCGUGUCCAUGGGCUGCGCGUCCAUUCGUACCCUGGGCAACAUUGCCUGGCUUGGCUGGGUCGGUCUCAUCUCCAUCUUUUCGGCUGUCAUGGUCAUGACUGUCUCGGUUGGUGUGCAGGACCGCCCCAACGACGCUCCCGCUACUGGACCUUGGGACAAGGACUUUAAGCUCUUCACCACGCCCACGUUCGCCGACGCCAUUUCGGCCGUGGCCACCAUUCUCUUUGCUGCUGCCGGCACCCCAACCUACUUUGGCAUCAUCUCGGAGAUGAAGGACCCCCGCAAGUACCACCGUGCCAUGCUCCUCAACCAGGUCUUUGUCACGGCCAUGUACUGCAUCAUUGGCUCGAUCGUCUACUGGUACUGCGGCCAGUACGUCGCGUCGCCGGCGCUCGGCUCGGCCGGCCCCCUCAUGAAGAAGAUUAGCUACGGCCUCUCGAUCCCCGGUCUCUUCUUCUCGGUCAUCCUCUGGGUCCACAUCCCGGCCAAGUUUAUCCUCGUCCGCAUCCUCCGCGGCUCGCACCACCUGGCCGCCAACACCCCGACCCACUGGGCAACCUGGUUCACAUGCACGUUUGCGUGCACGACCAUUGCGUACAUUAUCGGCUCGGCCAUCCCCAUCCUGUCGUCGAUCAUCUCGCUCGUCGGCGCCCUCAUCGCCCCGCUCCUCUGCAUCAUUCCCUUUGGCUUCAUGUGGUUCCACGACAACACAAGGGGCAGGACAUGGCAGUCGCUCCCGACCCUCACCAAGGCGCACGCCGUGUGGGCCACGUUUGUGAUCCUUGUGGGCCUCUUCAUCACCGUCGGCGGCACGUACGGCGCCGUCGUCACCAUUAUCAACCAGCCCGGGGGCGGUGGGCCCUGGUCGUGCGCCGACAACAGCAACUCUGUUUAA